AUGGUUUGGUCCAUCCUCAACCACCAGAGCAAGGGUCAGUUCAAGCAAGAUGACGUCAACGCUCUCCAAGAGGUCAUUGAUGCCAGGACCAAGAGAAGCUCUGUCCAAGUGGGUUUCAACCUGGCAUCAUUCUCCAUGAAUUUAAUGAACCGGAUGCAACUAAAUUAUAUUGAGCGCCGCGCGGAUAAAGAUAGAGAAUUAUUAGCCAUUUCUAUGAAGGAAGGAGCAGCCAGACUCACAGUGUUCAAUGAACACUUUCAACGCACAACUAGCGUUAUAAUUAAUCAAGUAAAAAAGUUAACAAAAAUAUCGAUCAAACUAGCCCUGGAGAGGACUAGGUGGGAGGUUAGAUCAUUGAUCAACACCUUCCAAAUCGAGCUGACUGAUUUCCACUCAGCUCUGAUCGAUUUAAUGCAUCAUAAGACCAGCCCACUCCUCCUUGAUCCCAACCACUUAAAUCAGGCCUUUGCUCGACUCAAAGAGAGAGCAGUCGCAACUGACAUGCGACACCCGGUUCUUGAUGACGCCGGAUUAGUGUAUCAAUCCGAGGUAGAUACUCUAGUUAAAAAUAAUCAAUUGACAAUUUUUAUUCAUGUGCCCAUGUAUAAAGCGCCAUUGUUGGACAUGUAUAAAUAUCUCCAGACACCGAUUUUCUUGCAAGCUCCAUUGGCAAUUACCAUACAGACAGAGUUCAGCCACUUGGCAGUGAACAAAGAACGCUCAAUGGCGAAACAUUUCACUAAAGAAGAGCUGACAAAAUGCAAAAUCUUUGGAGAUAUUUGGCAUUGUCCAGAACGGAAUUUCCUCUCAAUUAAACCGGCCAAUCUUUGUUUAUUCAAUCUGUUCCAACAACAGAUCGAACAAGUAAAAGCAAACUGCAAAAACCAGUUGGAAAAAGUUGAAUUCUCAGCCACACAGCUGGGAAACAACAAAUUUCAACUCUCUUUGCCCGAAAAAGUAAACAUGACGAAAAUGUGUAAGAAUGACACAAACACGUCACUGCAGCUUCCAGAAGGAAAUUCCGUUAUCACUAUAAAAGAUGACUGUCCAACAGUCCAAGUUAUUGACCACGUGUUUUACCACAAUCCAAAAAUUGUGAUAAGACACGAACUCAUUCAUUUGCCUCUGUUAGCCAACAGGUCAAAUUGGCUAACGGAAAUUGACCGCUCGGUCAAUGAUCUGUUGUCAUCGUAUGACAGCAUGAUCAAAGUUGCCGAAACUGUCUCAUUUGGACAGUUUCUUGAAAAAAUUAACAAUGUAAAAAGUUAUCAAUUACCCCACAUUUAUACAAUAGUAGUCGCGAUAGGAACAAUCACAUUGAUUGUUUUAUCUACCACCAUAUUGGUGCUGUACAUAAAGAAAAAGCUCAAAAAGUUAAAAACGAAAUUGUCAGAACCUGAAGUUGCAGUAAAAUUUGUACAAAGUGUAGCCACAUGUCAACCUGUCAAUGCCUCUAUUUUCAUGACGCGAAGAAUAAAUGACCAAUGA